GCGAGAUUUGAUUUGAUGAUUAAUAACAGCCAAACAUUCAAACCAGGCAGGCAAGCAAGCAAGCAAGCAAAAAAUCAAGCAAACAAAACACACGGUCACAGCAUGUCACAGUUUCUUUGCACUUCUUGAUGUUGGACCUGGCAAGGACACAGUGAGUGUGCACUCACUUUUUUCAACUUCAAAGCAGAUCAUCAACGGAGACGAAGACCAAUGAACAAUGCAAGUUCGUCCACUCGUUUGCUCCAUGGUUUGACCCAGUGAGAACUAUGUCCAGAAGAGCAUUAAUCGUCCAGCUGAGGUGCAGGGAGGAGUAGCACGGCCUGAAGGUCCCCCUGGCGAGGUGCAGCUCUUAGAUUUGGAAGCACAGAUUGAGGUGGUUCUUUUCUCGGAAUUGGAAGCAAAUCGGGGAUGGAGAUGAAGAUUUGAUUUGAUCUUUCUAUAUGAACUAGUCAGUGUACUACUCGUAUCGUUUGUCCACCGUUGGACCUGAUGAGCGCAGAAGCGGUACUUUUGACUUCAGCUAAUCUGUUCAACUCGUGAUGCAGGGCUUUUGUUCUUUUUCGCUGCAUGCACUAUUGACGAUACGUGUACUCUAUAGGGGAAGACUGGAGAGAAGAUGUAGGCGUGUUUGUUCCUUGGACACGGGCAGACUAGUGUUCUGCCAUACUUAGAGAGUCUUGUUCACAGCAUCAACUGCUGAUUCACGGAAUAAUACCAACUGUUUCUAUAGUAUACCUUUGAACAUAAGAAUUGCAGGUCAAAAGUGACAGCAGGUUCAAGGUGGUUCAACCGUUCAGCAACUGGGUUUGGCUUGAGCAGUUGCUCAGCGACUGUGCCAAAUGCUGAAGGUGCAGAUGUCGGACCCCGAGGAAACCAUCCGCUUUCCAAACAACAUAACUCUUGUGGCCCCGAAAAGCGUUUGGAACCAGCACGCCUUGAUGGCAGAUAUUGUGGAUUGGAAUGCAUCAGACGUGCCAUCCACGGAGAGUCUAUUCACGGAUGGGGAGGAACCCUUGAGCCCUUUGGUGCGUCUCACACCCGAGCACACAAGCUUCACGACUCCCGUCACUGUCAUGUUUCCAGCAUGCAUCGGCGCCACGAGGGUUUGGCGCUCCUCUGAAUCUUCAUGGGAGCUUGUUGAGUUGGAAUCCUUCGAGAAUGGAUGUGUGACAACUUCAUUGUCUCAUUUUUGCCACUGCUUCGCUAGUGGAAACUCCCGCAUCCUGAAGGCUAUUGGAUACAUCAAACCACAUAGUGCAGUGGCCAAACUCGCCUUGGCUUGUGUAGGGCGGUGUCAUCAGUGCAAUCAUGCAUUAGAACAAUAUCAGGAAGAUUACUAUUUCCUUGAAGGGUACCAGCCGUGCACACGUCCCGCUCCAGUCGGCACCUGCGAAGAUACCACCAGCUUCAGGGUCACCCAGGGAGCGCACCAGCAAACUUUGCAAGUGAGUUCACGGAUGUGUCCAGCAAUCUCUGACGAGCUGCAAGCUCAAGGAACUCAAUUCAAGGUCCAAAUUGAAGACAUUGAGCACACCUUUAAGUGUGACGCUGCUACACACGGUGAUGUGACGAUCAGCGGUGCGAGCUCCAGUUCCCAGCAAAGACCCAGCUCGUCGGAGCCGCUGGGCGACGUCACGCAGCCCAGCAGCGCCACUAUGUCAUCCUACUUCGCCAGCUUUCUGCCGAGCUUUCUACUUGUGAAUGAGGACAUUCCUGAUGGCUCCCAAGCUCCGAUUUCAAUGAUCUCGGCCCGGUUCGACAAGGGUGAGAUGGAAAUGAAAUUCAGACGAGUGCACGAGCUAUUGAAAGCCCACAACUUUGAGAAUCUCAUGGUGGAUGUGGGCGGCGGGGAUGAUUUCGGUGCCAAGACUCUCGAAUAUUUAGGACGGCUUGAUGCUGAACACGGCGUCAUGCUGGCAGUUUGUACAGAGAAUUAUGGGGAAAUGACAUCUUCCCCAUAUUCCUCGAACGGUGAAUUAACAUUCGCACUGAACGAGAAUGUGCGAGUGCUUCCGUUGAAGGUGGUGCCGAUCUAUCCUCCACGACCACCGAGUGGUCCGGACCACCCCUUCGAUAAAACGGGAGCCGCAAAGGCCUUGGUCAAGAUGGUCCUUCCUCCCUGCAGAGUCUUCCUGGACUGCUGCGACAAAUCUGCUGAGCAGAUAGCCAAGCUUAUCGCAGAAGAACUGCUCAACAUGGGAAAGUGAAC